AUGCACACAGACGUAACUUAUAACGCCAACGAUUUCUUGGUAAUAUUCAGUGUAGAUUACUCAAUCACAAUAGCCACUAAAGGUUUGGAUCUGUACUAUUCAAAGAUCCAAGAAGAGUUUGCAUCCUUUGAUAUCUCAAGCAACAAAUUUGAAGGCCAGAUUCCAGAGUUCAUUGGGAACCUUACGGAGCUCCACUCCCUCAACAUUUCCAACAACAUUCUCACUGGUUCCAUCCCAUCAUCGCUGGGCAAGUUAACGAAGCUUGAAUCGCUGGACCUUUCACGAAACAAGCUCUCUGGACAGAUCCCCCAACAACUGACGCAGCUUAAUUUUCUUCGAAACUUAGAUGUGUCUCACAACAACCUCACAGGUCGUAUACCACAAGGAACCCAACUUACUUCAUUCAAUAGUACUUCAUACGAGGGAAACCCUGGGUUGUGUGGAGAUCCAUUGCCAAGGAAAUGCGGAGAUCCUGAGGCCCCUCGACAGCCAUCCUCACCAGUAGAAGAAAAUGAUUCAGGCUCAGCUGGAACAUUGGAACUUGAUUGGAGAUUUGGUUUGGCUGGAUAUGGAAGUGGGAUGGUGGUGGGAGUGGUUCUUGCGGAUUUCGUGAUCUCAAGUAGGCAUGAGUUGUAUGUUAAGAUUGUUAAAAAGAUCAGACUAAAGAUAUGGAAAAGGUAG